AUGAUACCUACCUCUAUUACUGUGCGCUCGUCGUGCAGAGCAAAUACACUAGGUGCCCAUGCUAGGUGGGCGCGCCGCGCGCCAGCGAUCACACCACCCAUGGCAGUGGCCCUCUCGACGUCCAGAGCCGUCGCACAGCAUGUGGCCGUGCACGAACCAUAUGUCCAUGCCAAUUCGCAUUCUUAUACACAUCUGCCCACACCCUUGCCAAUGGACGUGCGCGACCGGCACGCGUCGCUUCGGCGGCGCGGCGUGAUGCCAGACGGCGAGGCAGACCUGGUCGGCUCGUCACCAGAAAGCGUGGAAAGAGUGAAUAUCGACGAAGUCUACUUCCCUACCUCUCGAAAUGUCGAAACGUACGCAAUGUUCCAGGCUUGCUUGUCCUCCGGCCUGAUUUCUCGCGCUCACAAACUCAUGCAGGAGAUGCGGUCGGACACGCACACACGGCUAAAAGAGGUGUACGAGGUACGAAACGGCGAGAUCAACGUACACACUUCGCCUGUGAUCCCACUGAAGCUGUGGUCCUACAAUGCCAUGCUGCAAGCUUACCUCAAUAAGGCCGCUCACCCAGACACCACCGAUACCAAAGUAUGGGUCAAUCAUGCUUGGCAGUUGUGGAAAGAUAUGAUGGCCCAAAGUCCUCUGCCACUGGACCCACGGCCUGACGCUUCGACGAUCGCUGCCAUGGCCACGGGCAUCGCACACCUCGAGGCCCUGGAUCUGUAUCCCUCCGGCAAGCCGACCUUCGAGCACCUUUUGCAAGAUAUCCGGACCCUCGGCGUGUCCCUCGACGCUGUGUUUUCAUCUUCUGUUUGGCAACUACGUCUGCCCUCUGCAGGCCAAAGUCACGCAUCUUCUGCACCCGAGGAGUCGCAUGUCAGUACUGAUAUGCUGCUCGCUCGUUUCCGCUCAGCCGCCACGAAACUGGGCGAUGCAAGGGCGCAGGAAGAACUGGACAACAUUGAACAAGUUCUCACGACCAGCGAACAGCGGACAGCCGCUGAGAACGACGCGCCAGAGGCGGGCAUCGAGGACCGACACAUUCGUCCAGUGCUCAAGAAGGAUGCUGUGACAGAUACUAUGGUCAAGCCAUUCAACUUACAGACGCUGCAAGAGAGUUUGGCCACGAUGGAACAGUCUCGCCGGCGCUCAUCGGAUCUGUACGAGCGUCAACAGUGGCUGGAGCACUCGGCCCUCGACGCUGCACGAAAGCGCCUGGAGCACGACACAGAAAACUUGCAGGAGCUCGGCAUCGAUAAUGGUCCCUUCCAAAACAAAACCCUGCAAGCGUGGAUGUGGGACUGGUACCAAAAAGUCGAAGAGGCGCUUCGCAAGGAUAUCCAGCGUAUCGGACGCCAGACAGAGCACAAGGUGGCCACUACGCUCGAGUCUCAGCUAUAUCCGUACCUCUGCCUGCUACCUCCCUCCAAAAUGGCCAUGCUCGUCAUCCUGGAGCUGCUUCGGAUGCAAGGCGUGAAUGGCGUAGCAGACGGGAUCAAGUCAACCCGCGCUCUCAUUUCGAUCGGCAAGGCUGUUGAGACGGAGUACAGCGCUGUCAUGAUGAACAAGCACCCUGAGAUAUUUGUCCAGGCCCGCGCCGUGCAGCAAAGGUUAGGCAAGCGCAAUCUGCUCGAUAUGGCUGUGCGCCGUGACCUCAAAGCUUGGCAUGACCGAUGCCGAGAAAACAAUAUGGAGUCCAACAUCCCGAAGUGGACACAGCUCACCCGGGCGCGCGUCGGUGGCUUCCUUGUACAGCACCUGAUGGACGUGGCCACUGUGCACCGCAAGGCCUAUGACCGAGAUGGCGAACUUUGGGAAGAGGAGCAGCCGGCCUUUUACUCGGCAUACGAGUACAUACAAGGUAAGAAGCUCGGUGUGAUUCGCUUGAACGAGGUGGUCUCGGAGCGCCUGGAAAAGGGUUCGGUCCGUGAGACGCUGCAUCCACGGUGGCUGCCGAUGCUGGUUCCACCACGGCCUUGGCUCUCGCACGAUUCCGGCGGCUACUUCUCCGUACGAACAAGCGCGAUGCGAUUCAAGGACUCGGUGGAGCAAAAUUCGUACUUGCGCGCGGCUUCAGAAAACAAUGGCCUCGAGGUCAUCUUUGCUGGUCUCGAUGUACUAGGAAAUACGGCCUGGAACAUCAACAAGGAGGUAUUUGACGUGGUACUGCAGGUAUGGAACUCGGGUGAAGCCAUCGCCGACUUGCCGCCCUCUGAGACGACGGACCCUGAGCCCGAGAGGCCUCCGCCUGAUGAUAUCAAGGCCAAGGCUCUGUACCUCCAACGGCUGCGCAAGUGGAACUCACUGCGUUCGGCCAACCAUUCUCAGCGCUGUGACGUCAACUACAAGCUCGAAAUUGCCAACUGUUUCUUGAAUGAGCGCUUUUAUUUCCCCCACAAUAUGGAUUUCCGCGGCCGGGCGUAUCCGAUUCCUCCGAACUUGAAUCACAUUGGCAAUGAUCUGUGCCGUGGCCUGCUUAAGUUUGCCGAUGCCAAGCCUCUGGGCCAGGCGGGUUACCGGUGGCUGCGCAUCCACCUCGCCAACGUCUGGGGCUAUGACAAGGCGAGCUUCGCCGAGCGCGAAAAGUUUACGGAUGACCACAAAGCACAGAUCUAUGAUGCAGCGACGAACCCUCUGGGUGGUGAGCGCUGGUGGCUCCAGGCCGAUGACCCAUGGCAAUGCUUAGCUACGUGCUUUGAGCUCUACAAGGCAUGGGAAUACCCAGAUGGACCCGAGGCGUUCCCCUCGCAAAUGCCCGUGCACCAGGACGGCACAUGCAAUGGUCUCCAACACUACGCUGCUCUGGGCGGCGACUUGCAGGGUGCCAAGCAAGUCAACCUCCGUGGCGGUGACCGCCCCGCGGAUGUGUACACUGGUGUGGCUGAGCUGGUGAUUGCGAAAUUGGAGCGCGAUGCUGUGGCCGGCGAUGAAAUUGCGCAAAAGCUGCGCGGCAAAAUCACACGCAAAGUCGUCAAGCAGACCGUCAUGACGACAGUGUAUGGUGUUACGUAUAUUGGUGCCAAGAACCAGGUGAUGCGGCAGUUGGCCGAUCGUGGGGAUACGCCCGUGGAAGACCUGUGGAUUUCUGCAUCGUACCUGGCCAAAGCCAUCAUGGAAUGCAUCGGCGACCUGUUUUCUGGCGCGAAUAUGAUCCAGGACUGGCUCACGAUGACGGCGCGCCUCAUUUCCAAGAGCAUUCCUCCCGAGCGUGUGAAGUAUGCCCAAAUGAAAAUGAAAAAGCGACGCAACAUGUCGGACCCCAAAGGCACGUCUGAGGCCAAGCAGCACACGGCCACCACCACGCGUGAGGCUCGCGAGCAAAUGACCUCGGUCAUUUGGACGACGGCACUGGGCCUGCCGAUUGUACAGCCGUAUCGCCGGAUCAAGAAAAACCAGAUCAUGACAGCCGUGCAGUCGGUGUACAUUCGCGACCCGAACCAACACUUUGAGGUCAAUACGGCCAAGCAGGCCUCAGCGUUCCCCCCGAAUUUCAUUCACUCCCUUGAUGCCACGCAUAUGUACUUGACCGCACUCGAAUGCCACUCGGCCGGUCUCGUGUUUGCCAGCGUACACGACAGUUACUGGACGCAUGCCUGCGACAUUGAUACCAUGGGCGAUAUUAUUCGCGAUACAUUUGUACGCUUACAUUCGCAGGACAUUCUCGUGCGCCUGCGUGACGAGUUCUUGCACCGUUACAAGGGCUACAAAGUGCCAGCCUCGUCGCUGCACUAUGACGCCAAGAGCCGCUCGAAGCGCGCUGCCAAGGCGGCGGAGAGCGACGAGGCCGAAAACGACGAGCUGGAUACACCGCUCGACAUCACUAGCCUGAAUCGCUCGGCCAAGCGCGAUGCGAAUGGCUUCUAUGAGCUGGCAGACCUGCUGCCUCCCAUUCCCAAAAAGGGCGAUUUCGACGUGUCGGAAAUUAAGCGCUCCCUGUACUUUUUUAGCUAA